GUGCGGAAUGUCGGAGCCGGAGUUUUGCCAAGGACGAGUUGGGACGAAGUAAAAAGGCUGGGUGACGCGCGCUGCUUGCGUGACAUUCUGCUGCACGCGGGCAAACGCCACUGGCUGACAGAUUGGCUUAGUCUGCGCUAAAGUUAGCCACUGAGCUAACCAUGCUAUAGCUGACUAUACCGUUUGCAAAGAACACGGGUUUACAAAGUGUCAUUUGUCUGGAUUUGGUUCAUGGACUUCAUAUCGCUCCUCUAAUUGGGUAAAGAGAUCAAUAUUACGCAAUAUUAUCAUUUUCCCGAGUGGUGUUAAGGAAUGAGCAACAGUAAACCAGCUGGCUAGCAAGGUAACAUUGCGGAUUUCAUGUUGGAGUUAGCAUUAGCAAACGUCAGCUGUUUUGGGAGACUGGGUUUUUUUUGCGACACAGAGACGCUGCAUCAGUGUGUGUGGACGUUAAUUAUCUACAUAUAAAACAGUUGUUCAAUACUUAAGUGUUGCUCCCGUUUUACCGGACUGUAAGUACAAGUGUCCCAGAAGAGGAGGCUGCAGCCAAGUGGUUAAGUGGAGAAGCCCAGGGAGCAUCACCAUGGCCCACUCUCCCGUACAGGGUAACCUUCCGGGGAUGCAGAAUGCCAGAGUGGACCCAGAGGAGCUGUUUACCAAGCUGGAGCGUAUUGGCAAGGGUUCAUUUGGCGAGGUGUUCAAGGGAAUUGACAAUCGCACACAGAAAGUGGUAGCAAUCAAGAUAAUUGACCUGGAAGAAGCAGAGGACGAGAUUGAAGACAUCCAGCAGGAGAUCACAGUGUUGAGUCAGUGCGACAGUCCAUUUGUCACCAAGUACUAUGGCUCAUACCUGAAGGACACAAAGUUAUGGAUCAUCAUGGAGUAUUUGGGUGGUGGCUCAGCAUUAGACUUGAUGGAGCCCGGUGCUUUGGAUGAAACUCAAAUCGCCACAAUCCUCAGGGAGAUCCUGAAGGGCCUGGAAUAUCUUCACUCUGAGAAGAAAAUCCACAGAGAUAUCAAAGCUGCCAACGUGCUGUUGUCUGAGCAGGGAGAAGUGAAGCUAGCUGACUUUGGGGUCGCAGGCCAGCUGACCGACACCCAGAUCAAACGCAACACGUUUGUUGGCACGCCCUUCUGGAUGGCGCCCGAGGUCAUCAAACAGUCUGCGUAUGACUCAAAGGCUGAUAUCUGGUCUCUAGGAAUCACAGCUAUUGAGCUGGCAAAAGGCGAGCCACCUCAUUCAGAGCUGCAUCCUAUGAAAGUUUUAUUCCUCAUCCCAAAGAACAACCCACCUACGCUAGAGGGAAACUACAGCAAACCUCUCAAAGAGUUUGUGGAGGCCUGUCUCAAUAAAGAACCCAGUUUUAGACCAACUGCCAAAGAGCUGUUGAAGCAUAAAUUGAUCAUUCGACAUGCGAAAAAGACCUCUUACCUGACUGAGCUAGUGGAUAAGUACAAGAGGUGGAAGGCAGAACAGGCGAGAGCCGCGGAGUCCAGUUCUGACGAGUCUGACUCAGAGCAGGAUGGACAGGCAUCAGGAGGAAACGACUUCGGCAGUGACGACUGGAUCUUCACCAUCCGAGAAAAGGACCCCAAGAAGCUGCAAAACGGAGAGGGUCAGUCUGGGCUUACAGAUCAGACACAAAACAUUCCAAAAAGGCCUUAUUCACAGAGCCUGACCACUGUCAUUUCCCCUGCGUUGGCUGAACUGAAGGCCAGGCAGGAGCAGGUGAAUGGAAACCCCAUGGUUCUGGACGAGCUGAGGGAGGCCAUCUUGCUGGCAGAGGAGGCAUACCCUGGUAUCUCUGACUCACUGGUUGCCCACAUGGUCCACAGGCUUCAGAGUUUUUCCACAAGCAGAACAUCUUCCUCCUCCUCCUCCUCAAGGCCAUAGUACCUGACACGUUGUCAUGGCCCUGCUCUCCCAGGCCCCCACCCCUCAGACCUCCAGGGGUCAAACUUUGACUACUAGUGGACUAGGGUGUCUCAAGGGGGUGCUAUUUUCCAGCCUGUAAAAAGGACUGACCUUUACACCAGAGACAACUCUGGAGAGCAUUUUGGAGACACAUGGGCAACAGGAGCAGCAGGACCCGGCAUUGAUUUGUUCACAGUCGGUGAGGUCAGACUGUGGCUGUCUGUGGACCUCAGACAGAAACCAAGCUCAGCAUAGGAGCCAGAGACUGGAAACCAGACUGGAGCCUCCUUCAAAACACAGGCAUCACACCCCCCAAAACCUCUGAAAGCAUGCAUGAUGAAGCUGCAGGGAGCGUGUGUGUUUCUGUGGAUGAGUUUGUGUGUGUGAGUGAGAGACUCCCUGAUUGGGCAAACUAGAACAUUCUUAAUGAAACCUCAGGUAACGUGUCUUUAAGUGGACCCUGGAGGAUGAUGAAGAGGGGGAGGAGGAGGAGGAGGAGGAAGUUGCCAUGCUGUACAUGAUCACAAGGUAUUGCGGGGAAAUGAAUCACUGUGUACAAAAUGGUUGUCUUUGUAGUUACUGACAAUGUUUUAAAAGUAGAUAUUUAAAGAUUUCAGACACCACUCUAGGCAGAGUGAACAGAAAAUGCCUUGCCUUUUAAAAAAAAUGCACACGUCCACAUUCUCUUACUUUUCAUCACAGAUUUCUUUUGCUUUCAAAGACCUUUAGGUUGACAGAAUCCUACUCAUGCAUUUUCUUUUGGAGCCUAAGCAUUCCAGUCCACAUAAGUUUAACAAGCAGCUCAUCUGGUUAAAUCUGAGGCUGCUUUAGAUUAAGGAGACGUCUCAUGUUUUGUUGGUCUUGUGACCAGGACACCAGAUCUUGUGCAAAUCUGUCAACGGCUGUCCCUCACAUGUACAAGUCCACAGAGAGAAUCGGCCAUCACACAGUAGCUGCUGAGUUAUUUCUACGUCCUGAUUAAUGAAUAAAACAGAUCCUCGUUAGAAAUUUCUUUUCACACCAAAGUUCACACUAAAUAGGAAUUCUUACAUCUUCAAAUUGUUGCUAAGUAAGAAGCGUGAUGUUGUGACUGUACGUUGCUUUACCUCAUUGACCCAAACAGCGCAGCAGAAGAAGAGCUGCAGCUCCAGUGUGAUUAUCAGUGUGAUUAUCUCUGUGGGCUGUGGUGAGGGAGAUUGACAGUUGCUAAAAGAAGCUGUUCAGGCACAAGUCUAGUCAACGCAAACAGGAAAUGCCUUGCUUUAGAAGAAAGAAAGAAAAGAAAAAGCACACAUCCAAAGUCUCCACCAUUUCAUUACAGACUCUUGGUUUUCCAGACUGACUCUCACUGAGUUCAUUGUUCUCAGCUUCUACCUUGUCCUCCAUCCAAUCAUUUCAGUCCCCUGCUCAUCUGUGUUACUGAGCUCAACUCUUUCAACGUUGGCAGAACGCGUUGCUCUGCAUUCGUACCUUUUGGAGUUCAUUUGUUACUUUUACACAUUAGUGAUUUAAGUUUCCAAUAUAAGACAAAAGCUUAAUUAUUGGAAGUUCGUUAUCGCGUUAAGUGUUAUUUGUCCUUGGCUUGUAACUUCUCAUUAGUAUUACUGAAUGGCAAGCAGCAGGAUGUAUUUGAGGUGCAGCAGCUGUAUAAGAUAACGACACAGUCGGUGCUAGGAGCAACACUUGCUUUGAAGACACUUUAUUUCCCCUAAGAUUUUUUUUUCAGUUUUGCUAACGUUACAUUGUUAGACAAACACUCCACUACUACAAGACCUGUUAGGAGAAUCAUGCUAUGUUAUGUCAGCGCUGAAACACAUUCACCACAGGAGGCCAAACUUUCCUCUGCCCAUAGUCCAAUGCAGAUAAUAAAGUUGUUUGAUAUUCACAUCAUAUAGACAGUUCAUGUAGUUAAUAUCAAGCAAACAAUAUGUGUUAUGUAAGUCAGAGCUAGGCAGUGACAUCAUGACACCUGCUCACAGCCAACGUACAAGACGAAUGAGGACGAGCCAAGCAGCAGAAAUCAGUCUUAGCCAUGUUUGUCCCCUCAUUCUAGAUCUUUGUCCUGGCUUUUACACCGUGUUACAGAAGUGCCAUGUCCAGAUUUUGCGCCCCACUAUAUCUUUGUAGUAUGAUUUGCACCUUUUAUUUAAUUUUAUUUCACAUUUCUCAUCAUUUUAUUGCACCUUGAAAGUGUUGAUUAUUUAAAUGAACAUAUUGGUGAGGGAAAGGAAAAGAAAAUACCCACAGAAGCUAAAAAAAAAAAAGUUGCUAAUAGCCAUGUUUUACUAUAUAUGUUUACUUAGGAGUUCCAGAAUUUUACUACUGUGCUAAUGCAGCAAUAAUGUUGAGAAGUGGCAACAACGCCACCUGUCAACACAGGGAUUGAGAGAAAUUAUGAAAUAUCUGAUAUUUUUAUAACUGCAAAGAUUUAAGUGUUGAAUUAUGGAAUGCUUUAUGGAUACUAGGCAAAAAAUAUCUAUACAGAAGAAAAAAAACGUACGCUACGGAAAUGAGUAGAAAAAGUGUGCAUUUGGUCUCUUUAUCCUAGCUGACAGUUUAUAGUACUGUAUAUAACCUUUGCUUGUGUCAUUGGAGAAUUCCUGAGUUCAGUGUAAGCUCCUGUAAGCUUUCAAAGUGACAUGAGAAAUAAAAAUGUAAUGAAUUCAAAA